AUGAAGACAACCAUAAUAUCCUUCAUUUUUAUCUUCAGUCUUCUUACAUUGUGCUGCAACCUAUGGACAACAACAGCAAGAGGGGUAUGUCCUGACAUUUCCAAGAGUAACUCGACUGGGACAGAAGCGAUCAGGAAGAGGUAUGAAGGUUGGCUGAAGCAGCAUGGCCGGCAAUACGAGGAUAAGGAAGAAUUUGAAGUCCGUUUUCGCAUUUACCAAGCCAAUCUUGAGUUUAUAGAGUGUGUCAACGCCCAAAAUUACUCCUACAAGCUCACAGACAACAAAUUUGCUGACAUGACAAAUGACGAGUUUAGAAGUAAAUAUCUUGGUUUCCAACCAGCACGGCAUUUACAGACCCGAUUCCGGUAUGAUGAACAUGGAGCUUUGCCAGGAAGCAUAGAUUGGAGGAAGGAAGGUGCAGUCACUCCCAUCAAAGAUCAAGGCCAGUGUGGUAAUGUUUCUCGCAAAAACAAGUUCAUGGUUUAGAAGCACCCAAUAACAAGCAAACUAUUC